AUGCCAGGUGCCUCCUUGGUGAGCUGCCAGGGCUUUGGUGCCCAGGCAAAGGCUGACACUGCCAUCCCCCUCUUGCCUGGGUUGCAGCUGGGCAGUGGUGGCAAUGUUGCCCUUGUAGACGCUUCCAUCAUCCCAGUGGGAGAUCCUAAUAUAGCAGUGGGAAAAAUAUCAUCCCAGUCCAGUACAUUUGAAGAAAAGGGGGUAUCCAGGAAGGCCAUAGAUGGGUCACUGGCAAACAGCUAUGUUAAUGGAGACUGCACUCUCACGAAUCAAGACUUUGAGCCCUGGUGGAUGGUAGAUUUGAUUUCAGCCUUUCAAGUAUCUGCUGUGGUGAUCACCAACCGAGGAGACUGUUGUGGGUCGAGGAUAAAAGGAGCUGAGAUCCUGAUUGGAGAUUUGCCACAGAAGGGAGGCACAAUGAAUCCCAGGUGUGCUACCAUCACUAGUAUGGGGAGUGGGGAAACAAUGUCUUUCAACUGUGCCGGGAUGCAAGGGCAGUAUGUGACCAUUACAAUCCCUGGAAGAAAUGAGUUCCUCUCCCUCUGUGAAGUGCAAGUGCUUGCACACCCAUGGCUUCACAUUGUUCAUGAUGGAGGACGGAGUCCCGUCAGAGACAGUGAAACAGAUUUGGGUCUGCAAGGCCGAGUUCUGAGUUUUCUCAAUCAAUCAAGGAGCAGUUUUGUUGUUAUCUCUCCAAUGCAGUCUUUGAGCCUGAUGGAGUUCACAUUGUGUAUGCGGGUCGUAGUUGGGGAUUUGGGUGAACACAAAGUAAUUCUCUUCUCCUAUCACUCUCAAUAUGAUGAGUUGAGGAUUUUCCGUGAAGCAAAGGGCCUCUUUGGCUUAUACAUGGGGGGUCGGAGUGUGGUGUUUGUCCUCCCUGAUCUGAGCACUUUGGGGAGUCACAUAUGUGUGACCUGGGAAUCUGAGUUGGGUCUCACGGCCUUUUGGAUAGAUGGAAAAAGAAGCCUUCGGAAGGUGUACAAUGUGGGGCAUGUUCUUCAAUCAGGGGGCACUGCCAUACUGGGCCAGGAUCAGGGGGUGAAAAGUAUGACUGAACAGGAAGAGUGGCGUUUUGUGGGAGAAAUCACAGAUCUUUACAUGUGGGAUUAUGUGCUCAAAUCUCAUGACAUACAGGAAGUGUUCCAGGUCCGUCAGUUUCCACGAGGAAACAUUUUUGACUGGAAUACUUUAUCCUACAAAAUCACUGGGAGUGUGAAGGUAUUACCUAAGGACUAAUAACAACAAAUAAAGAUAUGAGCAGGAGCAAGCAUGAGGCAUGUAUUUGAUCAAUAUUUUGCAAAGAAAACAAGGAAAGCAAGUUGUAGGAUGUGAAAACAUAACUCCCAUAUGUCUUGUGCUUAGUCUAUAAUACUUCAUUUUGUAGAGUAGUCGUGUUAGCAAGGUGAAAUUCUUUGUAUGAUCAAUUCAUGCAUUUUAAA